AUGGCCGCAACGCCGCCCACCAUUCACGUCCAAGAUAAUGAUGCAACAGACCCACCAGCUCUUCAACAAGAUCCAUUUCCGUUUGAACGAAUCAGACAUCGUCAUAUUCUAGCGCACGAAGCAGGAGAUGCGCCACCUAUUGUCGUGAGGUGGCAUUAUGCGGUCGAUGUACCGAAACGACGACCAGGCGCGCCUGCUGUUGCCAAGAAGGACAUUGCUGUAGCCACGGAUAAGUUUGUUCCGUUCUCAGUGCGGGAUAGUCAUGCGCUUGAACAGGCUUUUCAAGAGUCCCUACAGCGGUCACGCUCAAGCACGCGCGAUGCAAGUCGACCACCGUCUGCGGGAACGAAAGUACCAGUCAAUGAGGAUCAUUUGUUUGAAGUGGACAUUGAAGAACGAGAAUUGGGACCUGUGUAUUGGCGGGGACCCAUCUACUCUGUCAGAAGGGGGACAUGGCAUGUCGCUGAUGGAUCAACGCUGAAACCUUGUGAUGAGAAUCUCGCAACUCAAGUGGAAGAUGGGUACUUGAAGGUCAAGCCUUGGAAGGAGAUGUCGCAAGCAGAUAUUCAAGAGUCGAGUACUGCUGACUCUGCUGAAAGCCAAGCAGAUCGAGCACAGAACAAGACACCACCCAUUGCUGCACCAAGCGUCUCUUCAGCAGACAAGCUAUCCGAUGUCUCUGAUCCCAAUCGUGCAUCUGUACGGCCACUCUUUGGUAGCUAUGCGGGCAAAUACGUCUUAUACACGAGCAAGACGACUGCAUGGCUCUUAUCAGAUGACUUGUAUGGCAAAAUCAGUGCAAGUUUCUUCCAAUCUGUAACGCGUGGCGUACAUAUGGGUGGAACGAAGCUCAUGCGCGGCUAUACCGAUGCAAAAGCAGAGAAGGAAAAGUCCAAGACUGCUAAUACAUCAGUGAAGGAUAAGGACAAAGAGGGAUCGACGACGGAGCCGGCCGCUGGACUUGCUGAAGUUGCUGAAGCGGCUGCCGCGCAAGCGGUGGGUGAUACGACUUCACAAACUGCAAAAGAGGCAGAUGUCGGGACUGGUGCAGCACCGGGCACAGAUUAUGAUGAAGGUGAGAAUCCCAAACGACAAAUUGAUCAUUUGAUUCUCUGCUGCCAUGGUAUUGGUCAGAAACUGGGUGAACGGUUGGAUAGUGUCAAUUUCAUCCAUGAUGUCAAUGUACUUCGACGCACCAUCAAGCAGACGUAUUCGCAGUCUAAGGAGCUGCAGAUGCUCGGCCCUUCAGGGUCGUCUGAUGGCAAACAGCUGAAUUGCGGCGUGCAAGUACUGCCUGUUGAGUGGCGGCAAAAGAUCAAAUUUGGCAUGGCAUCUGAGCCGGCUGAGGGAGGCACGUCUGCCCGUGGCGAACAGGACUUGGCGCAAGGUUAUCUGGAAGAGGAAGAAGUGGAGGAGCAUGCAACAUUGCAAGACAUCACUGUUGAAGGCGUUCAGACAAUUCGACACCUUAUCUCAGAUGCGUUAUUGGAUAUCUUGCUCUUCUACCAACCGAGUUACCGGGAAAAGAUCAUCAAAGCUGUGGCAAUGGAGCUCAAUCGCGUCUAUACUUUGUUUCGCGAGCGCAAUCCAUCUUUUCAUGGGAAAGUCUCUAUCUUUGGCCAUUCGCUAGGGUCGGCGAUUACGUUUGAUAUUGUUUGUCGGCAACCAACAGAUGUCAUGUUGCAGCGCACCAAGAGCACAGAAGCUGAUUUACUCGCUUUCGAUGUGGACAACUUGUACUGCGUGGGUAGUCCCGUGGGUCUCUUUCAAAUGUUGCGUGGUAAGGAGAUUCGAGCACGAGCAAUGUUGCAAACAGAUACGGUUCCUGUGACACCGUUUGCGAGUGCUACUCGACAAUCACCUUUUGAGCAUCCACCCAGACAAACAGAUGGCAAACCUGCAAGUUACCCAAAAGUCAACAACUUGUUCAACAUCUUUCACCCUUCAGACCCUGUGGCUUAUCGUCUCGAACCGCUCGUCAGUAAACAUGCUGCUAAAUUGAAACCGCACCCAAUACCAUACACGAAAGCUGGAUUUAGGCAACAACUUGUUGGGUUGUCGAGUAUCCCUCAGCGUGCACUGGAAGGUGCUUCUUCUUAUUGGGGAGCACUGCGAAGUUCCAUCACCAAUAGUGUGAUUAGUCGCAGUCUUGGGUACAGCGAUUUUGGUGCUGCAUCAGCACAACGCGAAGUAACAGAGGAGGAAGCAGAAGAGGCACGUCAACAGCAGCAUGCGGCAGAUAAAGCACGCGUUCAAGGGGAAAUGGCAAGACAGCAUGAUGAAACGUUAUUUGCAUCGUUUGACAAGGCCUUUGGUAGUUCAGCGAGUGAACAAGGGCAACGACGUAAAUUGGAGGGUGAACGACGACUCAAGGCAUUGAAUCGGCAAGGUUCUCGGAUCGACUAUGCGAUUCAAGAAGAUUUGAUUGGUAGCAGUUACAUCUCUGCACUGCAUUCUCAUCUUGGAUACUGGUCGGAUGUGGAUGUUGCACACUUCUUGAUGAGCAGGCUAUAUACGGAUGACAACAAGACGGAUAAGUCGUAG